AUGGGACCACCCGUCAAACAAGCGGUGCAUGAACUCCACCAUUCUGCGGAACUUGGUCAGAUAUGGAUUACGAAUUCAAGCACUGUAGAAUGGUACAGGGAAAAUACAUGCUUUCGAAGAUUUAAAUUUACUGAGAAGGUGAUUUUAGCCGGCUUUACUCGGUGGGAAUCAAACCAGGAAUCAUUAGUUAUUGUUAUAAAGAACUAUAUCCAAGUAUAUUUCUUGGAUGAUGGAGAUUCACAUACUAUCAAGUUGCCAUUUCCAAUUGCAAAAGCAUUCUUCUAUGCGAACGGUCUUCUGCUCGAACUCUUAUAUCAGCCUGAUUUGGUGGAUGGAGACCUGAUGCUGCUCGAACACAAGUUUAUCACAUUGUCUGAUCCUUUGGUACCGUUUGGUUCGAUGUCGUUUGUUACCAACCACGCAGACAUUGACCAAUAUACAAUGUUAUAUUUCCCAGAGAGAGAGACUUACGAUAUCGCAGUCUUGUACAAUGAGUCCAAAAACUUUAUUGGAUUCUACAGUGCUGAGGUACUGAACUCUAAAUCUACCAUUGGGCCUGAUCCCUCUUCACUGUUCAUGAAAAGAAAGAAGAGCUAUGGGAACUUAGUUUCUGCCGAGCCUGUCCCAUUAACUUCAUCUGCGCAGCGGAAGCGCACAACUGAACUGAAUAUUGGCUCCCCCAUUACUAGCAGCAGUUCUGCUGUGAAUGGAAAUAAUCUCGCAUCGACAGGGUUGACUAAUACGCUGAGAAGAAGAUUAACAAUGAAUAGGAGAACGGCUUCAGCUACGGUUAGUGUUGAACAAAAUAAAUUGACUAAUACACCGCGAGCUAGUACCCAUGGCAAUCCUACGGCAAACAAGGGUCCACCACUGAGGAGUACUUCUGCUACUCUGGAUAGGAUGACGAUUUCGAACAGUGCAUUUAACGUACAGUCGCAACUGGGCGUCAAUAAUCAAUCAAAUGAAACAGUACAGCCUGUGCUGUCUAAAGAUGGAGUAUUGACAAAGAUUACUUCUUCGCCAAUUCCUUUUAAAUUUUCUGAAUCCGUUAAGAUUGUGUCUACGAGGUUUAACGAUAAGGUUUCUAUUGCAGUUUAUGAUCGCGAACGCGAUUGGGGUAGAUUGUGGCUUUUCAAUUUAAACUCUUCCCUGGUAGGAAGUAUGAAGUUUAAGGCUUUUGGUUAUUCUCCAGUGUCUCUUGUGAAGUCGAUAGAUAUCAGACAGAUGAUGCUCGUCGAUAUUUGCGCAUAUGAUCCUAAAUAUUUACCUGGUGUGUUUGCAUUAUUACUAGAUGAUAAUAUCACAUUGUUUAAUCCAGUGUUGAAUACGAUGUCGCCGGCUUUCCCAUUAAACAAUGAUCAUAAAUUUCAAAAUAUAUUUGCUAUAUCUCCUACGGAGUUGUUUUUGGAGAAGGGCACUGUAACAAUACCUCCAGCCACCUAUCCACGAAGCCAAACGGUCCAAAAGUACUUUGAGGCAAUAAGAUAUCUAGUGCCUUUAAAGAUUUUCUCAUAUCUACUAUCCAUUUGGCAGCUAAUGAGAAUGCUGGUUGUGGAUCUAGAGACAGAAAAUUACGAUAUUAAGGCAUUUGAGUAUGCUAUCAUGUCGUUUUUGGUCACACCAGAAUCGAGUCUUUAUGAUACAAUAAUUGAAAAAGCUCAAUCUCAUCAACUGUUUUUGCAAUGUAAUACUAUUUUGGAGUGGUUACCUAAGAUUGUAAUAUGCCUUCACCUUCUAAGGGAAGAAUUUCAACUAAAUGUGUUACAGUGCAUGCAUGUGAAACAGUUAGACGAAUUAUUAGGCAAGUUGACGACACUGAUGGGCUGGCCUGAAGUAUGGGUUGAAUAUUAUGGCUCCCGGGAUAAAGCGAUUAAGCCAAUACAGGUAGAUUUCACACACCCACUCGAUGAGCCACCUUCUAUUUUCAAAUCGCUAUAUAGCGUUACGCAAAGUUCACUGAUGGAGAUUGUUCCCUUUAUUACGUUUUCUAGAUUGGCAGAACAUCAAAAGACAACUAUUGACGCCAUAGUAACACCAAGAACCCACAAAUUAUUGAAGUUAUUUGAAUCACUUCAAUCCCGUCCUCAUUUAGCCAAUAACUUACUUGAAAGACUAAAUGAAUUGAACAUCACGCAGGGUGAAUUUGAAACAUAUCCUAUAGGUGUGUAUGCACCGUUAAAGAGAUUUUUACAUGAACUUGAACCAACAAUUAACAAAGUUGAUCCACACAUGAAUAUGUCAUUAAUAACACGGUCAGAUUUGAACAGUUGUAUCGCUCUGAUGAAGGGUGAAUCACCUCGAGAUAUUAAGGAUCUACCUAAUAUUCAAUCUAGGAAACAGUUUGAUUUUAAGGUUAAAGAUAUUGCUGAGUUAACUGGAGCAAUUUUAGAUUUAAGGAAGGGAACCGAAACACCUUUAAGUCCACAUCCAUUGGAGAACUUUGAUAGGAAAGAAAACUUCUUUUUUGAUCAAAGUUUAUUUGACGAAGUAUUGUCGAUGUUCACUUAUUCGAAUCCACACAAAGCAUACUUCCCAUCAUUAAAUGGUGAGUAUACGAAGAUUUUGAAGUUAAAAAAGUACGCCGCAACAACAUCUGCAUAUAAAGCCUUGACUAGUGGUCUUGGAAAAGCUGCAGUUUUCUAUUGCUCUGAGGAUGCGAUUAAUUCGAAAAAGUCACAAAGAGAUGAGUUAAACUUGAACUUCAAGUUCCCUAGUGACGGAAGUAAACUAUCUUUAUCAAAGGACAAGUUUCAAGAUGAGUUCUUAAAGUGGGCUGAGUUUCAUAGAGGGGUUGCAAGAGGAAUUGCAAUAUCUAAAUCGGUUACAAAUGUAACAAGUUCGUGGAUUAACCAUAACCGGCCUCCAUGGCUUGACGCCCAAUAUGGUGGUUUCUUACUAGGACUAGGUUUAAAUGGUCAUUUAAAAGUUUUGGAGGAGUGGCAGCUAUACAACUUCCUAAGUCCAAAAUAUACGCAUAUUAGCAUUGGAUUGUUACUUGGAAUUUGCGCAAGUAUGAAAGGGUCCAUGGAUCUAACUUUAACUAAGGUUUUAAGUGUGCACAUUGUUGCUUUGUUGCCUCCAGGAUCCAGUAAUUUAAACAUCCAUCAUAGAGUGCAAACAUCAGGUUUGAUUGGGGUAGGUUUACUUUACCAAAGCUCACAGCAUAGAAGAAUGAGUGAUUUACUAUAUUCUCAAAUAACCUCUUUUGUUACGAUCAAUGAAGAACAAGUCCCCGAUGAAGGUUACAGAUUGGCAGCAGGUAUUGCAUUAGGAUUGGUAAAUAUGGGCGCCGGAAAUAAAUGCUUUUCUCUGAAGAACAAUGCAGACAUAGAUGAGGAUAUGACUGAUUAUACAGGUGACCAACAAACACCUUCUUCAGCAAUGUUCAGUAUCAAACAUACUACUGGAUAUAUGGAUUCGAGUAUCAUAGAAGGUCUAUUAAAACUUGUAACAACAGUUCAUGAUGUUGAGGAAUCAUGGAUGCCUGAUAAUUCACAGCUAGGUGCAACUGUUUCAUUGAUGUUGAUGUUUUUAAGGUCGAACUGCUCUAUAGUAGCUGAUAAAUUGUCUGCUACAAGUGAUGAUACAAAGCGUGGUGAAACCUGGUACAUAAAACCUGAGUUGUUCAUGUACAGGGAAUGGGCAUCAAAUAUGGUUAUGUGGGAUAAUGUACAAGGAAAUCUUCAAUGGAUUAUAAGUGUUCUUGACGAUAAAGUGGAGACAAGAGCAAUUGAUAGCGAUGUCUUACCAACGUAUUAUAUCAUCGCAGGCCGUGUAUUAUCUGUUGGUAUUAAAUUUGCAUCAAGCAACAGCAUAGAGCUACGAGAUGGCCUUUUCGCAAUUUUAGAUCAAUUCCUACCACUAUAUCAGUACGCAAUGGGCAGUACUGUCGAUGAACAACUAAUGUACAAGGGUAUUUCAAUGUUAAUAAAUGUUUUGAUAAUAUCUUUAAGCUUGAUAAUGUGUGGUUCGGGUGACGUGGAAACGUUCAAGAGGAUCAGGUACUUGCAUAAUGUUGUGCAUGGUAAGGGCUCUUACUUAUAUGAAAUCCCAGAAGAAGCACCACCCCUGGUAAGAGAUAAUGCCGUGACGAUCGAAGGAGAACAGAAUGGAAGAGUCAUUGACCCACUGCUACAUGUGGAGGAAAUUACAAAUCCUACUAAUAACGCCACUGUAGAUGAAGAAUCUGAGAGUGAAGGUGCUAACCAAACCCACCAUCCAAGAGAUAAUGAAAACCAUUACGGCAAAUACAUGGCUACCAACUUAUCUCUAGGAUUGCUAUUCUUGGGUCUGGGACGCUAUUCCAUCAAAACUACUGAUAUCGAUAGUCUCUCAUAUUUGAUUAUAAGUGUAUUACCAACAUUUAUGCCACCUUAUUAUUUACAGGAGACCAAAUAUCUAUGGUGCAUGUCAGUGGACACAAGAGUUUUAAUUUUAAGAGAUGCCGAUACUGAUGAAUUAUGUGAAGAUAUUCAGUUGGAAAUCACAGUUAAAGAACCUAAACUGAAGAAAGGUUCCCAAACGACAGUCCACGAAUGCACAUCGCCAUGCUUGUUACCACCAUUGGAUACCAUCCAAUCCAUUAAAAUUGAAGACCCAGCUUACUAUCCAUUAGUUAUGGAGUUCAGUGAGACUUUUACAGCAGAGAAUUGCUUUAAGAAGGAAUGCGCUAUUUAUGUUAAGAAACGAGACGAUAUUGAUGAAAAUGUUGACCCAGCUUUAGAUCCACUGGAAUAUAUGAAUAACGUCAAGAAGGAAUUAUAUAGAAGGCUAUCGGAACGUGAUGUUGCAGAAAAUGAUACAGAGGUGAAGAAAAAUGACAACUUGGCGCAAAAUUUACUAAGCAAGUUAGCGUUGCAAGAUUCCACACGGCUCGAGCUUGAGGAUGCUGUUUCUAAUCAUACAACACUGCUACAAGAUCAUAGUUUCAACUUAGAUAUGAUCUGCAGCUCUGAAGAUACAGAUUACCAGUUAGAGUUAUGGAGGAGGAGACAUGGUUUGUAG